UCGCUGAUCAGUUAAGGCGAACCCUCCUGCUAUUCAUCCUUCCAAUCCCCAUUCCCCUAUUCUACUGCUCACAAUGUCAAAUCGAUCGUCUAAUCACAGGGAUGAAAACCCCAAUUUCACCGGCAACAGGGGUUUUCGUGGCAAAACCCAGAAGAAAUUCGUCCCCAAAACUAACCAUAAUUCAGCAACAUCAACCCCUCAAACCAGUAACCCUAGUUUCUCUGCUUCUGUGCGUCAAUCUCAAUCCUCAAAUUCAGCAUCAUCCGUUGCUCAUUUCAAGGGUGGCAGAGUUCAAUUGGGCGCUAAUGGUGAGUGGGUUUCCAGUAGCAACAAUGGUGGUGGGGGCAAUUUCGUAAAUUACCUUCCUCAGGAUGAAGCUGUAGCUGUUGGUUUGGGUGCAGUGCAAGGUGGUCUAGAUCCCCUCGAGUCUCAGAGAGUCGUCGAUCUUCUUAACAGAGAGUUGGCUAGGUUGCUCAAGUUAAAACCUAGAGAUUUCUGGCGUGAAGUGGCGGUAGAUACCUCCUUGCACGAAUUUCUUGACAGUUUCCUGCAGUUUAGAAGUAGAUGGUAUGAUUUCCCUUAUCAUGGAGCCAAGGGAAUUGUUGCUGGUGUUAUUGUUGGGGACUUAGAGCUAAGCCGCCGUGUUUUCAUGUUAUUGUAUAGGAUAUCUUCUAAUAAGGAUCCUGGUUUGCCAGCCACAGAAAGCCUAAGUCAAAAAGAUCACCAAGUCCUUUUGCAGGAAAAGAAAUUGCUUGAUUUGCCCAAGUUGUUGGAUUUAUGUGCAGUCUAUGGUCAUGAAAAUGAACAUUUGACCAGAUCGCUGGUUUUGAAUGCUAUAAAUGCACAGCCUGAUAUCUACAGAAGUUUUACUACCAUGUUGUCGCAUUUCUUGGGCAUUGUUCGCACAAUGUAUGAACGUUGCAGUUCAUCUUUAGAGGUUUUGAUUUCUGCUUGUGGCCGUGUAGACAAUGGACCCAGUCAACGACAUAUAGAAUACUUAGAGGUGAUGGAUUUCCUAAAUGAUGCUGUUGUAUCCAUGGACACAUUUGUUAGUGCUUAUAAGCCUGCAGCUCUUUACCUUGCUUGCCCUGUUGAUGCUAGUCACAGUAACGAUGAAUUGGUCAAUGUUCUUGCAACUUUGCAUGACUCUCUGCUACCCUCGUUACAACAAGGGCUUCAAAUCAUAUUAGCUGCAGGAAAGGAAACAUCUCCCAUGCUUUCUGAUGUUUCUCUUAGUUUGAAAGUAUUAUCUUCAAGAUUAGUUGAUCUUGGUUGGAAACUAUUAUAUAAUUGCUACCUGAGCGAGGAGUUAUUUAAAAAUAACCUUCCCUUUCCUGCUGCCAUGAAGAUUUUUCCUGCUAGUGUUGAGGAUCCUGUUAUUAGGGCUGAUAUAUUGGUUCAAACGUUUAAGGAGAUUGCUGCAGUUCCUCAGGGCAAACAUCACAGGGGUACAUUCCUACAAAACAUUGAAAGAAACUUUCAAACCUUGCACAGAAUUCAGAGCCUCAAACAAAGUGGAUGGGUAUUCAUAGAUGAUGAGCAAUACCAAUACUUGACUGUGAUGAUGACACAUCCAUUACCUGCCGUUUCUAGAAAGUUACCCAGCGCUCCAAACUCUGGUAGAAGUGAUGAUUUGCAAGUGACAGAAGAUGCUGUAAUUGCAGAGUCAAAGAUCAGUCAAGUGAAAGACCUUUUCCCUGAUUAUGGAAAAGGUUUUAUAUCAGCUUGUCUUGAAGCCUAUGACCAUAAUCCUGAGGAGGUGAUUCAAAGGAUUUUGGAGGGAACUUUGCAUGAUGAUCUGCGGAAAUUGGAUACUAAAUUGAAGAUAAUUCCACCUAAGUCUGCUCCACAGUUGACAAAAAAAGAUAAAGGAAAGGGUAUUUUUGUAGAAUCUACAGAAUUGCCUACAACAAACUCAAUCAUAAAACCUCAGAAGCCAAAGCAAGCAGCAGUUUCUUCAUCAGGGUCCUCCAUAUCAUCUUCUGUUGGACGAUUCGUCAGAAAAUCUAAAGAUGACCAACCUGAUCAUGAUAAUUUGGGUUCUAGAGAUGAGAAGCAUAUGGAAAAGACGACUGCUUUGUUGUCACAAUAUGAAUAUGAAGAUGAGUACGAUGACUCUUUUGAUGAUCUCGGCAUGACUGUUGUGGAAUCGGGUGUAGAGGAGACGGAGAUUUUAGGUGAGAAAAUUCGUUCAAAAUUGAGUGUGCCCUCUGGGGCUGAAAGCCAUGGUUUUGGUUCCAGCGCAGCUGCAUCCAAAUGGAAUUCUAAAAAGAAACCUCAGUUUUAUGUCAAGGAUGGUAAGAACUACAGUUACAAGGUUGAAGGAUCUGUUGCAGUUGCUGACCAAAAGCAAGCAUCUUUAAUUAAUCAAGCCCAGAAAGAACAAAUACAUGGACUCGGACGUGGUGGUAACCGUCCUCUUGGUGCUGUUAAGAUUCUAGAAGAGCAGAACCAAGUAGAAGUGGAGGAGUCUGAUCCUUCGGAAAUGGAUGGUGGAGGCAACGCUGGAAGAGAAAGGGGAAGGGGCCGUGGAAGACGGGGAGGAGGAGGAAGGAAUAAUCAUUACAGAAAAGAUAGAGCCAUGAAGAAACACAUAACUGGAUUGGGUGGUUUUUAGGUAUAUACUAAAGCAACUGAAGGUUGUACAGCCAUUUAGUUUUUCUUAGUUUUGGAAAUUAUCCAGUGCUUUUUUAAUAUUUACCUAAUUCUUACAACCCUGGUACAACGACAUUAAUCAAAAUCAUAAAGAAAUACUAAAAAAAGAAAGAAAACUAGGUUUUUGAAAAUAUAAUUGUUUUUCAGCAUCUUUUUUCACUUUGUAGUAUUCUAAUACUUCGUAUUAACUUUGAUUACCAAAUUUAUUAUCUUUAUGUAACUUGUACUAAAGCAUGGUUUACCUUGCUAUUGAUGAUGAAUUGUGAGAUGCAAUCAAUUUGGGGUCUAUUGAUCUUAAA